AUGAAUUCAGAAGAUGAAAAAAUAUUAUUGUUGGCAUUAACACAAUUACAACCAACAGAUGCAAGUCGAUUACUGCCUUGUUUUGAUGAACCUGAAAUGAAGGCAGCGUUCAAGAUCAGUAUAAUUCAUCCCAUAGGAACAUCAGCAAUAUCAAACUCGCCUAUUCGUCGAUACCGAAAUCUCAACUUGGAGUGGAGUGAAACAGAAUUUGAAGUUUCGCCUGUUAUGUCAACAUAUUUGCUAGCCAUUGCUGUUAGCGAUUUUGUUUUCAAACUUCACUACUGUAAAAAUAUACAGGUUCGAGUUUGGUGUCAACACACAAAGCUGAAUGAUAUCAGCUAUGUUCUUCACAUUCUUUGCCGACUACUGACAUAUUAUGAAAAAUUCUUCGCUAUUCCUUACCCGCUCAAAAAACUUGAUGUCUUCGCUGUUCCUGAACUCCGAGUUUUAGCUAUGGAAAAUUGGGGUUUAAUAGUUGUACGUCAAAAAUUGAUACUUUAUAAUGAGCGGUUAAACAGCCUACGUGAAAGACGCGUUGUCACGGAUGUCAUUGCACACGAAGUUGCGCAUAUGUGGUUUGGAAAUUUGGCAACGAUGCGAUGGUGGAACGAUUUGUGGCUGAACGAAGGGUUCGCCACGAUGAUAGGCCAGAAAGCGGCUGAUUUCUCACAAUAUUUUGCGGCAGAGAUAACACUAAGAGCCUUAUCAAGCGAUCAGUACACGAAAAUGACUCAGCCAAUUAGCCUGAGAGCAACCAGUGAUCGAAUACACAGUCAGGAUAUCAAAAUAAUUUACAAUAAGGGUGCUGCUGUGAUUCGUAUGGUUGAGUCAACUGUUGGUUCUGAAGUGUUUCAAAUGGGUUUGAACCAUUACUUGCUGAAAUUUGCAUAUUCAAAUGCUGAAAAAAAAGAUCUUUUGAAUUGUUUUUCAAAAAUUUUCAAGGCAACUAAUUAUCGCCAUUAUGAUCCAUUUUCGAUCGCAAAUGUCACUGCUUCCGAUUACAUCGAUUCUUGGAUUUAUCAAAGAGGAUUUCCGCUUCUGAAGGUUCGACAGAGUGGGAAUUACUUCGAAAUUGGUCAAAAAAUUUUUGACUUCGAUAAUAGCACUGAAUUCGCUAGUACUCAAUGGAAUGUACCAAUAUUUAUUCAGAAAAAUGGACGUGAUGAACUUUAUUGGUUGGAAGCAGGCAAGACUGUAAAGAUACUAUUUCGUGAGCCACGUGUUUUUGUAAUCGAUCCGAAGUUUCAUGGUUAUUACCGCACAGAAUACGAACUUCAGCACUGGAAACUUUUAACAAGACAUUUAUUGAAUAAUCAUAGUAAUUUUCUUGUAUCUACGCGAAUUAAACUUCUUGAUGAUGCAUUUGUGCUAGCCGAGAAUGGACAUAUUCCGUACGCAAUCGCAAUGAAAAUGUCAUUAUAUCUUAGAAAUGAAAAUGAAGUUGUCCCAUUUAUUACUUUUUUGGCUCGAUUUGAAUUAAUUUUGUUUCGCUUAUAUCGCCAUCCAAAUGCUUCCAGGCUUAAUAAAUUUCUUCAAUUUCUUAUGGAGCCUCCCUUUGAUCGAAUAAAUGAAGCCGAAUCUAAUUCGCAUCUUUUGAAUGAAAUACAAUUUGAAAUUCUAAGAGAAUUAAUAUAUCUGAAAAUGUGUGCCAGUGGAUAUCAACGAUGCAUUCAACAACUUCGAUUACGAUUACAAGCACUCUAUGUUAAUUGCUCGCAUGAAAAGUUAGAAGCAAGUUCACGGAAUGUGGCUUAUAUGGUAGCAUCGAAAUAUGGCAAUGAAUCAGAACUGUCAUUUCUCGUUGAUAAAUUUCACGCCGAAGAGUAUCACGCAGAACGUGAUCGAAUUUUCUCUGCUCUCGCCAGCACCUCCAAUCAAACUUAUUUAAAAGAGUAAAU